AUGGUACUUAUGCGUUAUCCGGCACUACUCGACGAAUUAUGCCACGCAAUCGCUGAGCAUGCACGUGCCGAAAUACCUGUGGCGAUAGAUGCAGUUGCUGGUCUUGAAGCGCGUGGUUUUUUAUUCGGCCCUCAAAUAGCGAUCGCAUUGAAUGUUCCAUUCGUUGCGAUUCGAAAGAAAGGGAAGUUACCUGGCAAGACGAUUAGUCAAGAAUAUGCAAAGGAGUAUGGAACGGAUUUAAUAGAGGUUCAAGCGGAUGCAGUUCCAGUAGGUUCGAAAGUGCUUUUGGUUGAUGAUUUGCUAGCGACUGGAGGUACACUGACUGCAGCGAUAUCGUUGAUUGAAAAAGCUGGUGGUGAAGUGGCUGAAGCUUUCACCCUGAUUGAGCUCACUUAUUUAUCUCCCCGAAAAGCCCUACCAUCUCAUAUCCCAGUUUAUUCUUUAAUUCCACUCGACCAUUAG